CGUUGCUGGGUUUCAAAUGGCCAAGAGCGAAAACUCUUGGAAGAAAAACAUGAACUGUUUUGAUGGUCUAAAACGUGGGUAGAUAAACCUAUAUUUCCACACGGUCUAGUUUUGUGUGGCGAGUGAACCAACUGCCUAACAAGUCAUACUACCUUUGGUUGUUGAAGGACACAGUCCCUGGUUGUUGAAGGACACAGUCCCUGGUUGUUGAAGGACACAGCCCCUGGUUGUUGAAGGACACAGCCCCUGGUUGUUGAAGGACACAGCCCCUGGUUGUUGAAGGACACAGCCCCUGGUUGUUGAAGGACACAGCCCCUGGUUGUUGAAGGACACAGCCCCUGGUUGUUGAAGGACACAGCCCCUGGUUGUUGAAGGACACAGCCUCUGGUUGUUGAAGGACACAGCCCCUGGUUGUUGAAGGACACAGCCCCUGGUUGUUGAAGGACACACAGAAUUUCUUGCGAUUAAAAACAAUUUUCUGUGGUCUACUUUGGUGUGUUUGGAUAAGGGUUAUAGAGGCAAUUUUUUUCUUUGAAUUCAUUGUGGUGUUAGUAGAGUCUGAGACUUGAAGAUCUGUUUGACUUUGCUAAGACCGGGGGACGUGCUUUGUGUUGAUGACAAGGAGAGAAAUUCGAACAUGUAGUUGUUGUCAAAGUUAGCGCCAAGAUGAGGCGCAGUUAUCGCCGAUGGUUCAGAUCCUGUUCUUUUGCUUUCCCCGCAAUAGUACUUGUAUACGUCACAGUUGUUCACAGUGGUUUACUUUUAGCCGCCAUUACUUAUGGCGUUCGACCACUUGAUGAUGUCAUUUCCAGCAGAGGCUUUCGUAAACUUCUGGAAAAUGGUCAGAUGGAAGGCCACAACGGGUCGGUCCAACAGCAUCGCCUCCCACAGUCCAUUAUUAUCGGUGCCAGAAAGUGUGGCACUCGCGCCCUCAUCGAGUUUCUAGAAAUGCACCCGCAAAUAAUAUCUCCAAAUGAUGAGAUGCAUUUCUUCAGCAACGACAGCAACUACAAACUUGGCAUUGAAUGGUAUCGUAAAAAGAUGCCAUUGUCCUACCCAGAACAAAUCACCGUGGAGAAAACACCACGGUACUUCAUAUCUAAAAUCAGCCCCAGUCGCAUUCACAGAAUGAACAGCUCUAUCAAAUUAAUUGUUAUCUUACGACAUCCAACCACUCGCGUCAUAUCUGACUACACUCAGAUCUGCGCCAACAAACUAAUGAAAAAUGAAACUGCUGAGCCAUUUGAAAUGUUGGCCCUUGACAGACAAACAGGCCAGGUGAACCCCGAGUACCGGGCCAUUGCCAUCAGCAUGUACCACUUGCACAUUGCCAGGUGGCUCGAGUUAUUUUCACUCAACCAAAUUCACAUUGUUGACGGUGAGAAUUUAAUCGUCAACCCCCUGGAAGAACUGAGCAAACUGGAAAGUUUUUUAAACGUGCCCCACAUCAUCAGCAGAGAUUGGCUCUACCUCAACUCUAGCAGGGGCUUUUACUGCAUGAGGAGCCGGCAGGGGCGCCAGAAAUGUCUAGGCGCAAACAAAGGAAGGAAACAUGUCAAUAUUAGUGAGAGAGUCACGCUCAAACUCAACGCAUUUUUUAAACCGCACAACGAGAAGCUUUUUCAACUCAUUGGUCGCAGAUUUCAUUGGAGCUGACUCUCCAUCUGUUUCGUGCCAGCCAUUCAAGUGUGAUGAAAGUGUGAGGGAUAAAAGUGUGUGAAAGCUGUGUGUGGAAAAACAAGAUGAGAGUGUGGAAUAGAUUGGCAGAGGGAGUGAUGAGUGUGUUUGAUUGGUAGUUGGCAUUAUGUGAUAUAUUGUGAUUGGUUUCAACGAUUGAACAAUCUAAAGCCUCCAAAUAAACAUAUGUUAGAAACGUAUGGUAAGCGUGGGAAAAACAUAAUGCGACACAGCCAUUACCUCCACCCCCACCCCCUAGACAAGUUGUACGACAGUUUUCGUAUACACACACAUUUAUUACAAGUUCCUACUCUUUUUAAAGUGUAUGACCGUUAAAAAAUUACCAACCCACAGCUAUAACCAAGUUGGUGAUCAAUUCAUUCUUAUGCAAUGACCUAAUCUCUUUAGUAACAAAUUUAAUGUUGUGCAUGACCUAAUCGCUAUGGCUAACAACCUGCAUUAUUUUGGGAACGUUCUUUUCGCCUAACUAAAUGAUUCAACCAUAUAUCUCUUGUCGGCAUUAAGGGUUAGGGUUAUGCAUUAAUUAUAUACUGCUAGAACAGAAUCAUAUAAUGUUAUGUAAAAUUGACAUAGAACAAGAUUAUAUUGGUCAAAUGCAUCAACUCGUAGUUAGAACAAUGUCAAAUUGAAACGUUUGGGAGGAAGCAGAUGAGUCACGUAGAUAAGUGGAGAUUGAACAUUGUGCCUUUCUUUAGCAUGGCCUCGAGUUUUUCGAAAAAAUCAAAUUGUUUAGAUAGAACAAAAUAAUACUGAGGGUACGACUGUGUUUUUGGGUGGUCGUUUUUCUAAGUUUUGACUUCAAUGCUAGUCUGUUAAGUUAACUGUUUAGAUGGACAAAUCUGGUGACAGGUUAACUUAUUACAUAGACAGUGCCAUUCUGGUGAAGUAAACUUUGCUUUAUAGAGCCACUUAUUUGCUUCUCCCUGAUAACUUCUUGCUAGCAGGAUAUUGCUGGACAUCUUGCAACAGAACCUAUUUGGCGUUUCAGUGUAUGUUUUAUAAUAUUGUAGUCUGGCUUUUACAAUUACACAUGAAUCUAUAUGUCAACAGAGAUUUGUAAGAUGUGUUCAACUGCUCUCUGCAUAUUUAUGGCAAACAUUUAAACGAUAUUUCGCUCACACAUCAUUAUUUUAAUUUUUGUUGCCUGUCCUCUACUCCGAAAAUAAGGCCACAACUCUAAUAUGAGGAUGUACUUUGUUAAA